AUGUAUGGUGCUCAAUUCAAAAACUCUGCAGGUUUUAAAGAUGUAUUAUUAUUUUCAUCCAACCCAGUAAUGAACAGUUCAGCAGCAGGUACAUCGGUACAACCAACUCUUGUAGUGCCACCAACUACAAAUAAUAAUAAUGAAAACCCAAUUAAAAUUACAACCCCAAAAAAAUCAGUACUCAGAGAUUACAGUAGUGGUCCAUUAAGUGAUGUUAAAAAUCUUCAAUCCAUUUCAUCCGAUAGUUCAUCCGAUGAAGUUGAUGAUGAAAAAAAUUUAAGAGUUUUACAAGGUUCACCAACCAGUAGCCCAAACUAUAAAAGCCCAAAAAAUAAAACUUUAAAACAAAAAAGAGUCAGAAAUAUUGUAAAUAAUUUACCAGCCAUCAAAUCUUUGGAUGAUGUUGUUAAAUUACAAGAAGAGAUUACUGAAAAUAGAGAUAAGAUUUCAAGUUUACAACAACAAUUAUCACAAUCACAAAAAGAAAAAUUAAAUAUUGAAGAAGAAAAAACAAAUUUACUUAAACAAUUAAGAGACUUGGAUGAAAAACAAAAGCAAACAGAACAAAGAGAAAAAGAAACUAAACAAUUAUUAGUAGAGUCUGAAAAGAGAUUAAAUGAUACUAUUGAAUCAUUACAUCAAGAAUUUGAUCAAAAGAUAUCCAAGUUUAGAGAGGAGAAAUCAAUUACUGAUAAUCAAUUAUCAUUGUUACAAGUAAAGAAUAAAGAAUCAAUUGAACAAUUAGAAAAAAUUCAAAAAGAAAAACAAGAAAUGUCAGAAUUCCUUUUAAAAGAAAAACAAGUUAUUGAAAAACUUGAAGAGGUAUUAAAACAAACAGAAAGCUCCAACCAAGAAACAACCUCAACAUUAAACUCUACUGUUGAUCAUUUAAAGAGCACUUCAAAAGAUUUAUUUUUUUCACAAUGUUUAUCAAUUAAAUUGGAUUUAUUAAUGAGUAAUAAGCCAUGCAACUUAUCAACACAAGAGCUUUGGGAACAAGCUGAAAGACUUAGCUCAUCAAGCUAUACUAAAUGGAUUACAAAUAAAUUUAAUGAAUAUCAAAAUAAUUUACCACCACAAUCACCAAUUAAAUCUGUUUAUACAAAUAAAAAUGCCACAACCACCACCACAACCACCACAACAACAUCAUCCAACAAAUCACCAAAAAGAAAUAACAAAAAGAAAAACUAA